AGAAAGGACACCAGCACUUGAUAAAACGUAAAACCAAAACCGUUCAAACGUUCCGCCUUUUUUUUUCAUUAUUAGAAGGAAAAGAUCGUACAAAGACGGACCAUAUAAAGUUGAAAGCCCUCAGAUUAUUUUGCAAGUUCUCUGUAAAUUUCGCAAAUUUCUUUGUGAAAUCGACAUGAGCUAUCAGGAAAAAGGUCGCAAUGACCCUUACCCUCCGCCAGGGUAUGCAGCGCCUUACCCACCCAAUGUUUAUCCGCCUCCACAAGGGUACCAAGGCCCUUAUCAAGGGUACCAUCAACCCCAAUCGCAGGGGCAUUGUUGUGAACAUGGCAGCCCACCUAAUUAUCAACAAGGUUAUCAGGGUUAUUUUAACCCGAAUUACCCUCCACCACAAUACCCACCUCCGCAAUAUCCUUCUAACAACUAUUACUCAACGCAAGACCAGACAGGGUGUGGCUCAUUCCUAGAAGGAUGUUUGGCAGCACUGUGCUGCUGUUGCGUGCUUGAGGAGUGUUGCUUCUAAGGAGCUUCCCAAGUAUGGGGCUUGGUAAUCGUCUGGAUUGUCCGUUAUAUAUGCAUUUCACCUGUCAAAAAUGUGCAGUUCCUACUUUGCGCUACUUUGCGCUAUUAUGGUUUCUCUUGUAUAUUUGAUUCGUGGGGUGGUAAACAUAGAGUUUUUUAAUUAUUAAAAUAAGUGAAGAACUCCCGGUGCUCUCUAG